UGCAGAGCACUUGAAAGUUCCAAAAAAGUGCGCGCUCUGUACAGUGACAAGACAUGUGGGCAGGGCGCAGGUGAGCAGAGCAGAGCAGGGGCCACUCUCUUUCUCAAUCACGCUCCAAUCCAUACUCCGCUCACUCUCUUUCUAAUUAUUCUUCCUUUUUAUAUUGUCAAUUAUUGGAAUGACAACCACCAUUCCACUAUUAUCGAUCCUCUCACCUACCAAAAGAUCUUGUUUAAAAAAAAGAUAUAUCUCAUUAUUAUCUCUUUCUAUCCCACCAACCAAAGCUUGCAUGCAGCCCAAAACCCUACAUAAGGAAAGACAUUUAAUUCCCAGGACCCAAAACUUCUCUCAUCAUUAAUUAAUCUCUAGCUAGACACUCACCUCUCAAUCAUGGAGUUGGUAGGCAAAAAUGGCGAAGAAAGCACGAGAGAGCUUCUGGAAGCCCAGAUCCAAGUAUGGCACCACGCCUACAACUUCAUCACCUCCAUGACAGUCAAAGCCGCCGUCGAGCUGGGCCUGCCGGAUGCCGUCCAGGCCCACGGCGUCCCCAUCUCCCUCCCGGAGCUCACCUCCGCAUUGGGCAUCCCCCAGCCCAAAGCCCAGCACUUCCACCGCCUGCUCCGCGUCAUCGUCAACUCCGGCUACCUCUCCCUCCACAAACCGCCACGGGGUCACGAAGCAAAUGAUGAUCAUCAUCAUCAGGAAGUCACUCGAUACUCUCUGACGACCGCCGGCCGGCUCCUGACGCGGGACAACCCGUACAAGGCCGGCGCAUACCUCCGGAUGGUCAUGGCUCCGCUCCUGAUGGGCCCAUACCAAUCGAUGGCCACGUGGCUGAAGAGCGAGCGGGAGGGCACGACGCCGUUUUCGGAGGCCCACGGCGGCAAGGAGGCCUGGGAGUUUAUGGCGGCCGAGCCGGAGUUCGCCGGCUUGUUCAACGAAGCCAUGGGCGGGGACAGCCGGCUGAUCGCGGAGCUGGUGGUGAAGGACGGCAGGGACGCCUUCCAAGGCGUGGGGUCCCUCGUCGACGUGGGCGGUGGGACCGGCUACCUCGCCAAGGCCAUCGCCGCUGCGUUUCCCCACGUGGAUUGCACCGUGCUCGACCUGCCACAUGUCGUCUCCGGAUUGGAAGGCAGCGGCAACUUGAAGUACGUGGCGGGUGACAUGUUCGUGCACGUCCCCGAGGCCGACGCCGUCAUUCUCAAGUGGGUUCUGCACGACUGGAGCGACGAGGAGUGCGUGAGGAUUCUGGAGAAAGCGAAGGCGGCGGUGAGUAGCAAGGGGAAGUUGGGGAAGGUGAUGGUUAUCGAGAUGGUGGUGGGGAACCAGAGCCUGGACGAGAAAUCGGUGGGCGUGCAGUACGGAUUCGACAUGGGAAUGAUGAUCUCCGUGACGGGGAAGGAGAGGGACGAGGAGGAACUGGCCAAGCUCUUCUUUCAAGCCGGAUUCACCAGCUACCACAUCAAUCCCAUUCUCGGGGCCAGAGCUCUCAUCGAGGUCUACCCAUGACGUCGGGGUGUGUACGUGUUUCGGAAUAAUAAUUAAGCAUGCCAAUUAAUUAUGAUCAGGUAGCCCAUUGUCGUCGUUAAUAUAUUGGAUUAGCUAGUGUUGUUGGUGUACGAGAAAGUAUUCCUAUUCCCCGUACGGUUCUUGUUCCAAAAAAUAAUGGGUUGUUUGGAUCAAGGAUUGUUUAAUAAGGCAUUUGGGCCUGAAAACCCGCAUUCAGAAACCCAGAUAUUUCACUUCUCGGAUUUGGGCCGAAUCAUGCGUUUGGUAAUUUAUGCAUGUUUUCAAUUAAAAAGGCAAAAACGAC